AUGGCACAAAAACAGAAACAGAAGGCUUCAACGUCAAGUGCUGCGGCUGAGAUGGCUGCUGUUGUUCAACAACAACAGCAACAAGAAGAACAGGAAAUGGGACCGUACACAGUUAUUGAAAGACUUGAGCAAUCUGGCAUAGCGUCUGCAGAUAUCCGGAAGCUGAAAGAAGCCGGUUUCAAUACAUUUGAAGCAAUCGCAUAUGCACCACGUAAAGAGUUGACAGCAAUCAAAGGAAUCAGCGAACAAAAAGCUGAGAAAAUCUAUUUGGAAGCCGCAAAAUUGGUUCCGAUGGGUUUCACGACUGCCAGUGAAGUGCAUCUGAAACGAUCGGAGAUUAUUCAAAUCGAAACCGGAUCGCGUGAGCUAAAUCGGCUUCUGGGUGGCGGCUUUGAAACAGGCUCAAUCACUGAAAUAUUUGGUGAGUUUCGAACUGGCAAAAGUCAGUUGUGUCAUACACUGGCCGUGAUGUGUCAACUACCGAUCGACAUGGGUGGUGCAGAAGGAAAGUGUCUUUGGAUUGAUACGGAAGGAACAUUCAGACCGGAACGGCUCUUAGCUGUUGCAGAAAGGUUCAAGCUAUCUGGGCAGGAUGUCCUCGAUAAUGUUGCGUAUGCACGAUGCUAUAAUACGGAUCAUCAGAUGCAGUUACUCGUGCAGGCAUCCGCAAUGAUGGCCGAAUCAAGGUAG